AUGCUAGACAUCCCUCAGGGUACAAAGUGUUUACAGAAUGCAUCGCUCGAAAUCAAAUAUGCAAAGCCAUCGACUUCCUCAACGACCAACAAUCGACCACCACUCAAUUAUAAGCUUAAAGACAAUCCUUUCUUUGCCAACCGAAAUGACGCGAAACCACCUUUGGGCAAUAUUAAUAAGACGACUGUGACACGAACGGAGACGUCAAAAGACAGCAGUAAUGGCCUUGGCAGCCGUUUUCCCAAACCAUCGACAACACCACCUGAAUCGAGAAAGAAUGUGCGAGCAUCAAUUCAAAAGAUGGCGGCAUCCAGCAACGUUUCAGCCAAUCCAUGGAAGUCAAAGAUGAAUGUGAGUCAAGGCACCACUUCCAAAUCAUCCAAUACGGCUACCACUACGACUGCAAGCAGCAAUGUUGAUAACACCAUCAAAAACUCAGCUUCCACUACUACAACAACGACCUCUACGAUCAAACCACAACCUAAGCUAUCGAAAUCGACAUCGUCCACCACAUCCAAAGAGAUCAAAUCCGAUGAUACUAUCAACAAACCCGAUCCUAUCGACAAUGCAGGCAACACUCAGACCACUAUCAUGAGGCGUGCAUCUCGCAAAAAGUCACCCACUACAUCAACAUCAUCUAGCAGCAUUGAUUCUGUGCAAAUACAGCAGCCAAUUAAGGAGGAGAAUUCAACAAGCAAGGUUGCUGGUGCUGCGUCUGAUUCGAUUACAAAGAAACCCAGCACAAUGGAUGAAUCGACAAUGAAUGGGAAGAUUACAAAGAAAGUCGCAGGAGAUGCAAAGAGCAUUAAGCAGACGACAACAGCAACGGCAAUUCAAUCACCAUUACGACCUACGAGUUCAAGCACGGAUUUCAGUCGAGCCAGCUUUAACAGCUUUAGUGGAAGCGGCAGCAUUACGAGUAGCAACGACGAUGGAUAUCACGAAGAAAUGUUUGAACAAUCAUCUACCCACAAUAGCAACAAGAAACGGUUGACAGCUUUUGGUGCACCGUUGCCAUGGGGACAAUAUGCAGUGAUGGAUGAUGAUGAUGAUGAUGACGACAUGAGGAAAAAGGAGGAAUGGUCAUUGUUAUCAUCAGGUACCAUGGAGGCUGUUGACCAGCUUGUAGCGACUCAUGCACAUAUCACGUCCGCCAAGUUCCCUACGAUGAGUAUUACUGAUGCAGAAAAUAUGCGACAGAGACACGAACGUUUGAAGACAUCAGGAGAACACAUUCGUCAUCGGAUUCACGUGGAGACUGAUAUUCAACGAUCCAUCGCAUCCUUACUCAAACUUGCAACACACAGCAAAGACAUUGGCCUUGUUGAUAACAUGUAUUCGUCCACCCUUGAUAUUGAUACAAUGAUUGAUGAGCUGCACCUUAUCCUUUCACAAGCAUGUGAUUGCCAAACACGUUAUUUGCAGCAUCUUGCCGGUGCACUUGCCAAAGACCAUUCGAUCCAACAACGACCACAGACCAAUCAUGGUGUCGCACAAAAAGAUAUUACACGGCUCGAGCACAUGGUGAAGCAAUAUGCAGCUGAAAUCGAGUGGCGUGGUGGUGAUGUGCAGCAAAUGUUGGAUGUUUUGGAAAAGCGAUUACAACAACAACAUGAGGGUGGUCGUGUACAGGAUUUGCAGGAUGCUUUACAACGUGCACGACGUGAUCGAGAUAACCAAAUUCAGUUAUUGGAAAAGGAGCUGCAGCAAGCAAAACGAAGAGAGCAUGAGUUAUUGAAAAAACAACAACAACAGCCACCACCACCACCACCAGCUGCUGCUUCUACCGCUGAAUUGGAUGAAUUGAAGGAUGCUUUGGAACAAGCCAAACAACGAGAGAAAGAGUUACGAGCACAAUCAACACAAAUGCAAAAACAGCUGCAAGAUGAGCUUAAACGUGCCAAGGAAACUGAACGUGAUCUUCGUACGCAGAUGGAGCUUCCAGCAGCGCAAAUUCAACAACUCAAAGAUGAAUUAGCUCAAUGUGAGGAAAAGUUGCGUCAAAUGAUGAUCGAUAAGGAGCAACAACAGCAAAAUGAUACGACUGAAGAAAGAAUACAACGUGUGCAACAGCAACUCGACAUGUCUAGGAAACACGAAGUGGAAUUGCAGAAGCAGCUGGAUGACCGCGUGUCACUCGAGCACCAGAUCAGCCAAGCUUUGGUCGCAACCUCGUGCCAAUCGCUGGACGAUAUGGUGCACAAGAUUAUAGAUAACAACAACAACAACCCAUCACUAUCAUCAUCACAACAACAGCAACAGCAACAACCACUCUCUGAUAUUGAAAAAGCUUUCAAGGCAGCACAAGAAGAAUAUACACGACGAGAAGCAGCCCUCAUGUUACAAACGGCUAGUGUGGAAGCUGAGCUCGGCGCUGUGUUGAAGGAAUACGAUCGAGUGACACGUAACAUUACCGAUUUCAACCACGAGCGCAAAAAGUAUGAGAGCCAAGUGGAGACAUUGAUAAGGGAAAAGCAGCUUCUUGAUAAGCAGUUGGCCGAUAAGCAAGUACAAGAAGGGAUUGGACGUGAUGGACAAACAAUGACGUUACGAAAGGAGUUCCGGCAGCUGAUGGCCACAGUGAAAGCGGAGCACGAGCAAGCCAUGGAUAAGGAAGUGGAGCGACGACGACAAGUGGAAGUGGAGCUACGCAACAUCAAACACGACUUGGAAAUGAAAAAUUGGGAUCGGGUCAGUGCUGGUGUCCAAACCCAUUUUGUCGCUUAUCCUCUGUAA